AUGGCAGCACUCGAUACCGAGAUGUGGGCAUGGUACGCCUUGACACUCCUCGUGGUCAUCUUCAGAAUGACUUCUCGUCGAAUGUUGUUGGGAUCAUUCAAGGGAAUGUUGGCAGAUGAUUACCUCAUGGCCUUGACAAUGAUCACAUAUACAGCCCUCCUUGCAGUCGUCAGCGUCCUCGGCCAUACACCAACCAACCUCAUCGACCCGGCCCUCAACUUGAAACUCACCCCCGAAGAUAUCAAGAUACGCGAAUACGGGUCGAAAUUGGUGCUCGUUACCGAACAUAUGCAGAUGAUUACUAUCUGGGGCGUCAAGGGAUGUUUAUUGUUCAUGUACAGCCGACUUACGCUGAGUUUGAAGCAAAACUUCUUGGUCAAGCUUGUAGCCGGAUAUGUGGUCGUCGGGUUCGUGGUUAUGCAGAUCUUGUGGUUCGCUGCUUGGUGUCGACCCUUUGACCAUUACUGGCAGGUUCCUCCAGAUGACUUGAACUGCUCAGCCGAAACGAACCACAUGAUUACCAACGCUGUCAUCAACAUCUCUUCAGACAUAAUGAUCAUUAUCCUUCCUAUGCCGGUCUUUCUACAGUCUCAACUACCACUCAAACGGAAGAUUAUUCUCUGUGGUAUCUUUGCACUGGGCAUCUUCACUAUCCUAGCAGCAACCAUGUCCAAGAUAUACAGUCUUGGUGAUCCCUACGGCACCGAAUGGUCAUACUGGUACAUCCGCGAAGUCUCAACCGCCGUUAUAGCCGCCAAUCUCCCUCUGACCUGGACACUCCUCCAACGCGUCUUCCGUCUCGGCUCUUUCAGCGCACGCUACGGUUACGGCAAAUCAUCCAACCAACGCACUGGUGAAGGAGCAUCGCGCUUCCGUUCUGCGUAUGGUAAUCUCAGCAGCAUGGAUCGACGACCCAAGCGACCUACUUACGUCGAACCUGGUAUGAGCUUGAACGAUAGUCAGGAAGAGAUCAACGGGAAGGAUAUACCGUUGAAGAUUUAUCAGAAGAAUGAGGUCACGGUCAAUAUCACGACGGAGGAGGUCAAAUCGGACCAAAGGGCGCCGUCACCACCUGGUCAGCCAGGAUUUUUGAGAGAAGCUGUUUCGCAUACAAGUACAGAAGGCGAUAGAUCAGCGAAUGAGAUGGAGCUUGGAGUUGUUACCAAGGUCUACCAUGGAGUUUAA